AGAGAAUGAAUAAAGAUCAGUUAAAAGAAUUACUGGAAGGGUUAACCACUUCAUUUGCCCAAGUUGCUAAUACCAUCGCAAAUUCAAAGAAGGACCCCGAAGAAAGAAGAGAGUUGACCCAUAACCGACCCAAAGAAUCCCGAGGAGAAAAUAAGUGGAAAAGUGAAGGAAGUUCAGAAAAACGCUGUGAACCGAAGAAGGGGAAUGAAGAGAAAAAGGUUAACAAUUACGUGGAGGUAACCACGUCUUACAUCGAUAACGAUAGUUGGGAAGAUGAGGUCUAUACCUUAGGGGAGAAUAGGUACCAACCCUACGAAGGGAAUAGCAAAAAGGUGGCUCAAGCCCAACCAGAGACCCGGUGGGAGAAUUGGUUAAGAACUCGGGAAAACGUUGUGCCCCAAACAUUA